AUGGAAACGAGUGUCAUGAAGCAGCUUGUUGAGAGUGCUAUUCAGUGUACUAGUUGUAUGCGAUCGAUAAAUGAUGAGAUACUUUAUCGAUGUGUGGAAUGCAAUGAUAAUAGGAUAUAUUGUGAAGAAUGUGGUCAAUUUGUUCAUCAACGGCAACAGCGGCACCAUGGAUAUUCUGGAAUAAACAUUAGACAGGUGCAACGAAUCAAUGAGACCCAAUUGCAAUCAGAUCAAAAUCAGGGCGAAAGAUAUUUACAUUAUUUGAUAUCUCAAUAUCAUAUAGCAACAGACACGGCUCGUAUAAAUAUUAUGAAAAGAGCUUCAGGUUUUAUCGUGGCCAUAAAAAGUGGGGAAGGAGCAGCAAAAGCUAUCGCUGUAAAUGCAGUAGAUCUGGUAGUCGACUUAGAUCAUGGGGUCAAGAAUCUUUCAGUGAAUGCAGCUCACAUGGCAUCCAGUAUGAAUAAUAUUGCAUCAGCUAUGGCUCCUGUGGCUACAUCUGCUGGAAUUGCUGCAGGUAUAGUUACCGGAUUAGAAUUAUGCUAUAUCACAUACAAAUUCUUUAUCGGUGACAUUUCGGACUGGGCCGCUUACGGACGCCUAGUAACUCGUAGUAUUGCUACGGGUGUUACUUCUGUUGUUGGAAAUUGUUGUGGAUAUCUUGCUGGAGCUCUAGUUGGUGGAGGCAUAGGAAUGGUUGCAGGACCAGGAGGAGCAGCAGCUGGAGCAUUCAUUGGUGCAGUCAUAGGAAGUAUUUUCGGUAGUAUCGUUCGUGGUGCAUCUGCUGCAUACGCAUUCGAUAAAUGUUGGCCAGACAACGAACAAAAGUCUCGUAAAAAAUUGGUUAACGAAGCAUUAAUGCAGUAUGGUUACACAGAAAACGAUGUUAAAAUACCGCUUACACAAUGCUCAAAAAGCCCGCAAAGGUCAUCUUCUGUUUUUUGUGAUUGUGAUGACGAAUAG